AUGGGCUUCUUCAACAGAAGAAAGGUCGACGGCGAGUCUGGCGCAGAUGCAACAAAUAACGACAUUACAACUUCUAAGACAGGAAUCAGCAGACUUGGUAGAAAGCGCAAACCUAUCGAUGGGCCGUCAUCUCGCUCAAGCACAAGUAGAUUGGGCAUCUUGAAGAUAAUGCGUCUUGUGCAGCUACUAGUGGCCAUCUUGAUCCUCGGACUUGUCGCCUAUGCUGUCAAUGUUUUCUCGUCCACUUUCUUACAAUCUGCAUACAUACCUGCGUUGGUGGCAGCUAUUCUGACUAUCCUAACUACCAUUCCUCUGGUUCUCCUGCCACGUUUGCCAGGUCUCUUUGCGCAUCCGCUCUCUGCUGGGCUGGUCGACUUGUUCUUUACGCUGUUCUGGCUAGCCAUCAUGGCUGAGCUUGCUGCUUACAGCGAUGUGGCAGCACCUAGGGACUAUACAUACUACACAGGCGGCCUUGGCCAGCAGACAGAUGGUAAUGCUGCUUAUGCGAUCUACAGCGGCGCGAUCCAUAGACUCAAGACGGCAUGGGCAUGUGGAGCUGCUGCUGCUGCAUUUGCUGGGCUAGAGUUUGUUUUGUUCCUUGUCAGUGCCCUGCUGCCUCUGCGUGGACGGCCUGUUGGGCCUGUUACAGGAACCGAUAGUGCUGGAGUGCCUACCAACUAUCAUGGCUCCGCCGCACACAGUGGCAAUGAGCCACCGUUCGAGAUGCAAACAAGGAAUGCUGGCCACACUCCGGGUCCGACCACGGUGAAUGGCUUCAACAGUACAGGUGGACAAGUCCUCGAUGGCAAUAGUACAAACAUGGUCAGGAAUGUCAACGGAACCACAUCUGUGCUGACUCCUCCUGCUCCUCCUGGACAGCAUAAGAGCAUGCUUGAGGUGGGAGACAGGGAGAACAUGAUCUGA